GAAUAAGAAUAACUUUAGUGUUUACUUUAUUUUAUUUACUUGAAAACAACAAAAUAGUGUGAGUAAAAUAUAUUUUCGUUAAACUUAUCGAAAAUACUGUACUCAAUAGUUUGACAUUUGUAGUGUACACUUAGAUUUAGUAUUAAUAAAGCAAUUUAAGUGCCUUGUAUGUUUUUACAUGCAAAUAGCAAACGACUACACUCCAUGGAUUUAUUUCACAUGUGGUAUUAGUGUUUGCUUAAAGUGUACUCUCAUCAUAUAUGAAGUGCGUAGUAUAAAGUAAAUGUAUUUUAUUUAAUCUUAAAUUUAUGGAAAUGGAAAAUGAAAUUGAUGUGCCACGGAAACAAAAGAAAAGUAAAUUAUUUCGUGAAGAGAUGUUUGUGCAGUAUUUACAUUUGCAUCCAUGUUUAGUUGAUAAAAGCCAGACGCCACCAGUAAAAAAGAAAAAACAUGAAGCUCUAUCAGCUAUAGAAGCAAAUAUAAAAACGGAAUAUGGAUAUAAUAUGUCAAGGCUACAGAUAAAGAGAAAAAUAGAAAAUAUGAAAAGCCGAAUAAAACGAAAAACUUUAAGAAAAAUUGAAAUGAGAGCGCAUGAAAAGGAAUUAGCCGAUUUAAUUAACAGCGAUAAGCGCAAACGUAACGUUACAAAAAUGCCAUGCCCUAUUCAAGUCCUAGACAAUAUUACUGAUGGGAAAGGUGCUGUUGUAGAUAUUCCGCAGCCGCAAUCUGAUGCAGUAACAACUCCAAAUGUUGUCCGAAUUCAUUGUGAAAAGAAUUCCAAUGUUCCAAACGUUUCACAACUGCAGUGUGAAGUUCUAGAAUUAAAAAAGGAAAAACUAUCCCACGAAAUUGAAAUGUUGAAAGCGAAAAAAUGUAAUCUAAAAUUAGAAAAACUUUUGCUCUUGAAGAAACUACGCAAGCAGGACAAACAUGAAUUUUCUUCCAAUCUAGAAAACGAUUUUAGUGAUUAAUUUUCUUAAAACAUUUGCUUUAUUUUUUGUAAUUAUUGUAUUAGUUAUUAGAUGUAAAAAUAUGAUCCGUUUGUUAAUUAAAUACUAUUAGA